UCAAAAACGGAAGAAUGGGGUCAACACCAAUUAUCUCCAAAAUAUUGCACAGGAAAAUCGAAUCAAAAUUGUUCAGAAAGUAACCUAUUAUCUUUCUUCACUCAUUCACACAACUCAAGCAAUGAGUCGCAAGCGAGACAGGCACUAUUUUUCCCGCCACGACGCGGCCUCCAAGCGCCGCCGCCCCUUGCCAGAGCCCGUGGAGGAGGAGAGACCGACGACGAGGCCUGCGUUGCCUUCCGCGGUGGUCGUGAUGGGUCUUCCUCAAGACUGCUCCGUCCUCGAUCUCAAGUCUCGCUUCGAGAUCUACGGCGCCAUCUCCCGCAUCCGCAUCGACCGCGACGCCGUUGGCUACAUUACUUACCGGUCAAAGGAAUCUGCCGACGCCGCCAUCGCCGCCGGUGUUGACCCCUCCUUUGGAAUCACUGUUAGCUCCAAAAAGGUUCAGGUGUUGUGGGCAACAGACCCUCUAGCCAUGUGGAGGGAAGGAGUUGGUAAUAGCAAGGAUAAAGGGCAUAUGUCAAAACUUGUUCGUGCUGAGGCACCUUUGAGCAAGCGUGGAAGAGGUAAUAGACUUGCUUCAGCUAUAGGGAACCCCAAACAUGGUGAAAAUAGCUCAGGUAGCCCAGUUUUAGAAGUGCCUUUCAAGGGCCGAGAAAUUGUUGCCUAUGAUGAUAUCCUCUAACGUUUGGAUAAGACAUUUUAAGAGGAUAUGGUGAUGGAAGAAUCUGAAAAAAGAGAGAAAAAAGAAGAAAAAGGAGAACAAGUUGUGUGGAGUUGGGGUGCUGGAACGGAGGGUCAGUUAGGAACAAAGAUUGUUAAGGAUGAGCUCUUCCCUCAACUCCUUCACCAACCCUCUCUCUCUUCCAUCUCUUCCCUUGCAUGUGGCGGCGCUCAUGUCAUAGCCUUGACCUUUGCUGGGAAGGUACUUUCAUGGGGUAGGGGCAAUUCGGGGCAAUUGGGCCAUGGGGAGGUUGUGAGUAACGCUUUGUUUCCCAAGGCUGUAACGUCAUUGGAUGGCUACUUCAUAACCAAUGUCGCUGCUGGGUGGAGCCACUCGGGUUUUGUUUCAGAUUCAGGGUGUGUCUUCACUUGUGGGGAUGGGACGUUUGGUCAACUGGGACAUGGAGAUUAUGCCUCACACUGUUCUCCUGUGAAAUUGACAUGUUUUGGUGAUCAGCGUGUAGCGCAGGUUGCAUGUGGAAUGCGCCACUCCCUAGUGUUGUUGAAAGAUUGUGUAGGAAAUCAAGUUUAUGGAUUUGGCUUUGGGAAGCGUGGUCAGCUGGGUGUCAGCAACGAUAAGGUCAAAUCUGUUAGUGUUCCUAGAACUGUUACUGGCUUUGAAGGUGUUGAAAUCAUUGGAAUUGCUGCAAAUGGAGAUCAUAGUGCUGCAGUAUCUGUUGAUGGGCACGUUUAUACUUGGGGAAGAGGCUUCAAGGGCUUUGAAGAUGCUCACGUUCCUCAUUGCUUAAACUCUUCUUUGAAUUUUAUCAAAGUUGCUCUGGGAUGGAACCAUGCUUUAGCAGUGACUGGUGAGGGAGAGGUUUAUAUGCUAGGUGGAAACCACCUUGGAGUGCUUAGUGAUCUUCAGAACAUAAGCCCCCCAGCCAAGUAUAUACCUGAUUUAAGAGAAGUCAAUUUGGAGAAAGUCCCUGGCCUUGAUGGGAUGAAGAUUACUGAUAUUGCUACCGGAGCCGAGCAUUCUGUCAUUGUCACAGAUAAUGGAGAAAUAAAGACAUGGGGUUGGGGUGAGCACGGCCAACUUGGUUUAGGAGAUACUUGCGAUCAAAUCAGUCCUGUUACAGUAAAUCUAGGUUAUGAUCGGAAUGAAGCUGAAUCAAUUAAAGUUUUCUGUGGAAGUGGGUUCACAUUUGCUGUAACUAUGCCCUAAAUUCUCCUCAAUUAAAGUUUACAUUUACAAUCGCUUUGGCCUUGUUCUGAACUUCCGAUGAGAGUGAUAGAAAUGGUACAUUCCAAGAAAGUCUUCUGCUUAAAUUAUUGAGAACCUUGAAGGAAAGUGACUAUGGGUCCUCUUCUCAAUCACACAAAAAAAUAGAUGAUAUAUGUUCAAGUUUUUCCAAUUUAUGGACUUUGCUAAAACUCAUUUUUAGUCCAUUUAAUGUCUGUCAUUCUCCCAACAGAAAGUGAAAGGAGUUUCUUAUUAUAUAUUCGAAUUGACUGGGACUUUGGAAUGUCAAAUAUGGUUUCCAUCGUCACU